AUGGCCUACUCAGCACCUUCGUUGGAGCAGAACCAGGCUGCCCUCAACUACUUCAUCCAGCUCCCGGUAUCACGAGACAUGAUCUCAUAUCUGGCCAACAAAGCUUCCCAGGUCAUCCGUUGCGAGCAAACAUCAGAGUUGAACAAGCAUCUGCCACCAACACCACCCGCCACCCCACCCCAACACGCUCGGGAACCAUCUUUGCCAUCUCUGGAAGCAUUCAUCAUCUCUCUUGUGGAGCGAUCACACGUCCAGGUCCCCACGCUCAUGACAUCCCUCGUCUACCUAGGCCGGCUAAAAGCACGACUUCCCCCUGUCGCCAAGGGAAUGCGCUGCACUGUCCAUCGGAUCUUUCUCGCUUCCCUCAUCCUUGCUGCUAAGAACCUCAACGACUCCUCGCCGAAGAACAAGCACUGGGCACGCUACACUGCCGUCCGUGGCUACGAGAACUUCGGCUUCUCCAUCACAGAGGUCAACCUCAUGGAGAAGCAGCUCCUGUUCCUUCUUGACUGGGAUCUACGCAUCAACCCUGAAGACCUCUACUACCAUCUUGAGCCAUUCCUCGCGCCUAUUCGGCACAGCCAAGCCAAGCAAGAAGAGGAGCGCCUCCGCCAACAGCGAGAGAACGAGCUCCGCCUAGUAGCCGCUCAGCGGCAGCAGCAACAGCUUGCUCUAAGCGUCGAGAACCUUGCCCGCUCUCGCCUCGACGUCUCCACAUACGACACCACCCAAUCCUACCUCGUCGACACAACCAACUACAUCCAACCCCGCCGCGCUCUCGCCUACGCCACUCCCUCCUCCCGGUCGGCCUCCCGCACACCCUCCCUCUCUCCCCCAACACGCAGCUCCUCCACGUCCUCCGCCGACUCCCUCUCCUCCGGCUCACCCGCCAGCCUCGCCGGCUCCUACGCCUCGUAUGGAUACACGAUGGAGCCUGUCAGCGAGGAGCCACACGUGCAGCGCUACGACGUCGACGCCGGCGCCACGCUCAUGCACAUCCGGCCGCCGCCGUCCGCGCUGCACAAGGCGCCGCGCGAGUUCUCGCUGUCGUCGUAUGAGGAGAAGCCGGCGAAGAAGGCGAAGACGUCUGGUGGGCUUCUUGCGCGGUUCCUUGGUACUGCGAACGCGUAUACGGCGAGGGCGUACUAG